AUGAGAAGAAAGCCUUCAUUUCUCUUUGCACCCUAUAGGGUUAUGGGAAUCGUUUGUACAGAUGUUAAACCUGCGUUUUGUACUGCUCUGUCGAAAAACAAAAUGACUUCUUUAUAUUGUCCAAUUGACAAUUCUGUUCAUCAUUACAAUGCUACAAAACUUAGAACUGUAGCAGUUUCUAAAAGUUUACCAAAUGUUAUCACAGCAUUAGCAGUUGAACCCACGGGGAUUUACGCUGCAGCUGGAAAAGAAAUAUAUUUCAUGAAAUUCUGUAGAACAGUCGACAAAACUUUCACCGUGAAUCAUGUUACUAAGAACAUGAUGAUCUUCGGAGAUCAACUUGUAAUCAUCGAUCAAGAAAAUGGAAUAAACAUUAUCGAGAAAGAAAAUGGUUCAGAAAUUUUAUAUCUCGAAGGCUCUCCAGAAUUUGAAAUCACCGCUUUAGUUCAUCCAGCUACUUAUCUCAAUAAGAUUGUGGUUGGCUCGUCAAAUGGAAAACUUAGAAUCAUCAAUAUCAAAACAGGAAAGGUUAUUCAUGAAUUCAAACCAGUAGUUGAUUCUCCCGUUACCAUCAUUGAACAAUCUCCAAUAGUCGAUGUGUUAGCAAUAGGAUUUGCGAAUGGAAAAGUUAUAUUAUAUGAUAUUCGAUCAGCUGAACUGAUUUGUAGCUUCAAGCAUGAUAGUGCUAUCACUGCCAUAGGCUUCAGAACUGAUGGAGAGCCUUUUUUGACUACAGGUGAUCUGAAUGGCAACAUCGCUGUUUGGGAUUUAGAAAAACGAGAACUCAUUGGUAAAAUUGCAAAUGUUCAUAAGAAGUCUAUCACGCGUUUACAUUUUCUUCCUUCUGAACCCAUAAUGAUUUCUACUUCGGCAGACAAUUCCAUCAGAACAUGGGUGUUAGAUGGUAUGGAUGGAAUGCCAAGACAAUUGAAUCUUCUGGAAGGACAUUCAGAUCCUAUAACUGCUCUUAACUUUUCUAAUAAAGAAGAGAUCGUUUCCGCUAGUUUAGAUGGAUCUGUUCGGAAAUCAAAUGUGGCUAAUCCAACCAUGAGGCAGAAAUUGGGUAACGCUGGUAUCAUGUCCAGAGCUCAAGCUAAAUUGAAAAAGCGAGCACUUGAUACAAUUCUAUUAGAGCCCGUUGUUGAAAUCGCUUUUGGCUGGUGUAGGGAAGCUGCUUGGGAUAAUAUACUGUGUCGUCAUAGAGAUACUCUGCUUGUUACCACGUGGACAUCGAGAAAAAACUCACAAGGAACUCAUAAAAUUGCUCAUAAACGUUUCACUGAGGUACCCUCUCUCUUCGAUGCUGUCGCAACUGCGGUUGCCAUUUCACCUUGUGGAAAUUUCGGAUACAUAGGAUACUCUACUGGACAUAUUGAUCAGUACAAUAUUCAAAGUGCUCGUUUUAUACAAACAUUUAUUGACCCUUCCUACAAGAAUAGUGAAGACACUGUAGCAUUGAAAGGACACAAUGCCGCCAUCACAUGCAUAUCGGUUGAUACAAGAGGGGAUGAAAUUGUGACGGGUUGCAAGUCUGGAGAAUUGAAGUUCUGGGAGGUUUCUUCUGGAAAGUUGUCAACUAUCAUGAAAUCGAAACUCUCGAUUCAGUCUAGCUCACAAUGUCCUACAAGCAGCUUGAUUGCUGUUGCAUGUCACAAGAAAAACAGCAAAGGCUCAUCUGUGAGUAUCAUUGAUACGAUAUGUCGCAAAAUUGUCCGAACAUUCAACUUACCUGGUGCUUUACCUUCUUCCGUUACCUUUAGUAGUGAUGGUAGAUGGCUCUUGACUGCCGAUGAUACAGGCUUGAUAAGAGUUUGGGAGUUAGCUACAUCUCAGCUAAUUGAUGUAAUCCUUUCUGAAAGGAAAUGCGUCGGUAUGUCGUUUAAUCCCACAGGAGAGUUUCUAGCUACAGUGCAUGAGAAUGAUAAUGCCAUAUAUAUCUGGGCUAAUCAGAUUCUCUUCUCAUCUUUCGUUUCUGUGAAGGCUCUUCCUCUAGAUUUCAAGCCAACAUGGCCAGAUUCAUCUGUGGAUUGUCGAACACUAGAUUUAUACAGUAGUGAUGAAGAUGAAGAGGAAAUGAGCAUCGAGGUGUCUUCUAAUUUCGAUAAGGGUUUGGUGUCGUUCUCAGGCUUGAGUACUGCACGUUGGGCCAAUCUAUCGGAUUUAUCGUUGAUCAAAGAACGAAAUAAGCCGAUAGAAGCACCAAAAAAACCAAAACAAGCUCCUUUCUUCCUUACUGCUGCUCCAACUUUGGAAGGCUUCGAAUUUGAUAUAGCAGAAGAAGAUGAAGAGGAGAAGCGAAAAACUGUUCAAGCAAAACGUAGUCUUCUCGAGAUUGAAAGCUCUUUCAGUGCUGCUUUGAGAAAUGUUAGUGAUGAUUCCAAGUAUUUGGAAUUAUUCGCAAAGUUGAAAGAUAUGUCGAUUUCGACAAUUGAUUUCCAAAUUCGUAGCUUACCAGCAAAUGUUCUUCCGAACUUUUUCCGGAUGAUUUUAGAAGUUUUGAAAACAAAUCAAGAUUUCGAUCUGGCCCAAUCGUAUAUGGGAGCUGCAAUCAGAAUUCACAGGAAUUCCUUGUGGUCUGCCGGCGAUGAAAGUUUGACUAAAGUUUUGGAAGAAUUGUCCCUCGAGCAAGAAAAGGAAUGGACUCCUUAUGAGGAAAUUUUAACUAAUAACGCCUCUGUUGUUCAGUGGGUGAAAAACGCUCUUAUAUAA